UACUCGCCGAUCGAUCGCCGCCCGGCAUUCGCAAAAAUUAGUGCCGCCGCCGCGGCCGAUGGUUAUUGGGAAUGCCGAUGGGGAGUUUGUUUCGUCUACCAUUACGCCUCGAAAAUUGGUACCGAGCGAUGGUAACUAUUGUGAAUUUGCAAUUUCUGACCGAGGAGGCGGCUAAGAAUCGGAUGAUCGAUGGAUUUUUCAGGGCGAUCGGUUUGAUUAUGGAAUUACAGUUUGGAAUUGCUUUGAAUUGUUGAGAGGUGUAGCGAGGCUAUGGGAGAUGAGUUAUCUGCUAAUUCCUAUUCCAUAUUUUCUGGACUUAGUUUAGCGUAAUUAUGGAGAGUCCAUUGAAAGAACACUUGAUUCCAUUACCAGUAAUAGAAGAUUGUGCAUUAUGAACGUUCAUGGUGAAAAAUGUUAUAAGAGUAAAAAACUCUGUUAGAGUCAGGCUCUCUCACCAUUUCUUUACUGGGAAAGAGAAAGCAAUGAUGCAGCAGGCAAUGUCUUCUCCCAAAUGAGGUCACCUCCUAAGACUUCCCCACUUCGUGUAAUACUUAAUACCCUUUUUAAAAGCUUCAGUGGCCAUUAGCCUUCCAUAGCUGCUGCGCUCAAAUCAAGGAAAUGGCUCAACAGGAAGAGGGGUGGCCAUUGGGGCUGAAUCUGAGAGCUGGAAUGGUGAGGAAUCGUGACCCCAAUGGCUCAAUCUCGUUCAACACUCUACUCACUGGUUCUAUUUCUUCCUCGGAUUCGUCUUCUGAUCUUGACACUGAGUCGACGGGCUCAUUCUUCCACGACAAGAGCAUUACCUUAGGGAGCCUUAUCGGCGUCUCAAGCCUUCUCGAACUGUCUCGAAGAUCAGGAAGAGGACGAGCAUCCGAGCCCGCAAGAACCAAGAAGAGCUACAAGACGAAACCGUGGUUCUUGUCAUUGUGCUCGAGGCUAACCACCGAUGCCGUGAGCAUCAACACCGCCGCCCCGUCUCUCGGUCACUUCCUCGAAGCAGAAAGAAGAGCUGCCGAAAGUUGCAGAAGAAGCCCGACCCCGAACACUUAUGGCCCCGAUGAUUUCUCCCGCCCGAAUUCUUCUAAUUCGUUGUUCGUUGCAGGUCAGGUUGCUCCUCCUCAUACAGCGGCGGCACCACCACCUUCUCCUCCUCCCGACACCACCGGAGAAAUGGUUCUAAGUAGGGACUUGCUUAUACAUGAGAAUGGUGAUGACCCUCCAUUGAUCCUCUCAUGUUUGUGUGGAAAUCUCACUUAUUGA